AAUAGGUUUAAAUUUUGUGGAAAGAAUGUAUGAAGAACAUGUCUGUGGGAAAUGCUCAACGAAACCAAUUUCUGAAGCAAGAAGAAGGAAAAGUAGAUAAUUUUGAAGUGUUCAGUUCUGUCGAAAAUGGCUAUGGCUUCCAUUGUUGCCUCUGCCUUUCUUCUCAUGUUGCUCAGUUUCGUCGUCGUGUCUGCUCAAAGGAAUGGAACUCGGAUACUCGCCGGCACCUCUCUCAUCGCCGGCAACACUUCCGUUCAGCCAUGGCGUUCUCCUUCCGGCGAUUUUGCAUUUGGAUUUCACAACUAUGGCAAUGAUUUAUUCUUGCUUGCCAUCUGGUUUUACAAAGUACCUGAAAACAACGUCGUCUGGUUCGCCGAAGCGGACGACGACAAUCCAGUUCUGGCGCCGAGAGGAUCGAAGAUUGAGCUCACUGCUUCAGACGGCCUGGUUCUUCGAAACCCUAGCGGCGGAGAAAUUUGGAAAUCGGAGCGUAUAACGGCCCCUGUCGCGUUUGGCACGAUGAACAAUACAGGCAAUUUUGUGCUUGUGGAUACAAUCAAUGGAUCCGUAUGGGAGAGCUUCACCUAUCCAACAGACACGUUGCUUCCGACGCAGAAAUUGGAGAUUGGAGGCGUCAUCUCCUCUCGCAAAUCGCAAGGUAACUUCUCACUCGGAAGAUUUCAGUUUCGUUUGCUUCGAGAUGGAAAUGCUGUUUCGAACACCAUUAAUUUGCCCUCUGGCUAUCCGUAUGAUGCAUACUAUAUUAGCAACACUUUUGACUCUUCGAGCACACAGAAUUCUGGGAAACAAGUGAUUUUUGAUGAACAUGGAUUUCUGUAUGUUCUGAAAAAUAAUGGAGUAAAAGUUAACAUUACACAGCUUAGUGAUGGUAACCCAAUUGAGGCUUAUUAUUACAAAGCCACCAUGAACUUUGAUGGAGUUUUGACUGUAAGUUCUUACCCCAAGGGCUCUGGUGGAGUUGCCAAUGGAAGCUGGAAAGAUUUGUUUAGAAUACCUGACAAUAUCUGUCUUUCUAAUGUAAAUCCAAUUGAAAGACUUGGCUCUGGAACCUGUGGAUUCAACAGUAUUUGCACACUGAAAUCUAAUGGAAGGCCAAGUUGUAAUUGUGCACAGGGUUAUUCCUUGGUUGAUCCAAACGAUGAGUUUGGUAACUGCACACCUGAUUUUACACAAGGUUGUGAAGGAGAAGAAGAAGGUGCUGCCAAUUUCAACCAUAACCUGUAUGAGAUGGUGGAUCUUCCAAAGACUAACUGGCCAAUGAAUGAUUAUGAGCGUUUUCCCACUUCAAAUGAACAAGACUGCAAAAGUUCUUGCCUGCAAGAUUGCCUUUGCGUGCUAGCGGUGUUUGGAGGCCGUGAUUGCUGGAAGAAAAGGCCACCGCUCACAUAUGGGAGACAGGAUGCAAGUAUUACAUCCGUUUCUUUCCUUAAAUUAAGAAAAAGUAAUGUCUCACUCGAGAGCUCCCCUGAUGAUAAUAGAACACGAAAGAAACAAACCACAAUAAUUGUUGUCAUGUCUGCACUCUUGGGCUGCUCUGUGUUUGUCAUCUUCAUAUUGCUGGGUUCCAAAUGCUUAGGUUUGUUUGCCUUGAAAAAGGAGAUAUUAGUUGGAACUUGCACAAAGAAUGUCGCUUUGGAAUGUAAUUUAAUCCAGUUUGCUUACAAAGAUCUUUACAAAGCAACAGAUGGUUUCAAGGAAGAACUAGGAAGGGGAUCUUGUGGCAUUGUCUACAAAGGGACAACAGAAGCUGGUCCUGUUGCUGUCAAGAAACUGGACAGAAUGUUUGAAGCAGACAAAGAGAAGGAGUUCAGAACUGAAGUGAACGUGAUUGGCCAAACGCACCACAAAAACCUGGUUCGUCUACUCGGAUAUUGCGACGAGGGGAACAACCGUAUGCUUGUCUACCAGUUCAUGAGCAAUGGCUCAUAGUCGAGUUUCCUCUUCAAUGGCGAUCUGAAACCGAGUUGGAAGCUUCGAGCUCAAAUAGCCAUUGAAAUUGCAAGAGGACUGUUAUAUCUACACGAAGAAUGCAGCACCCACAUCAUCCAUUGUGAUAUAAAGCCUCAAAACAUACUUCUGGAUGAGAAUUACCAUGCCAAAAUCUGUGAUUUCGGGCUGGCAAAGCUGUUGAAGGUGGACCAAAGUAGAACUGAAACUGGCAUAAGAGGGACAAAAGGGUAUGUGGCUCCAGACUGGUUCAGAUCUUCGCCCGUGAACGCGAAGGUCGACGUGUACAGUUAUGGAGUGUUGUUGCUUGAGAUCAUAUGUUGUAGAAGGAAUGUGGAGAUGGAAGGAGAGGGAGCAGUUUUGAGUGAUUGGGCCUAUGACUGCUAUGAGCAAGGAAAGUUGGAUGUUUUGAUUGAAGGAGACAUGGAGGCCAUGGAUGAGUUGGUGGAAAGAUUUGUGAAAAUUGCAAUUUGGUGCCUUCAAGAAGAUCCAUCCAAAAGACCCACCAUGAAAAAUGUGAUGCUAAUGCUUGAAGGUAAUGAACAUGUCUCUCUUCCUCCAUGCCCUUUCCCCUUCACCUCCAUAGUUUGAAAGUCUUUUAUCCAUUGUACUUUUAUCUUUUUUGUUUUGCCUUUUCUUUCUUCUUUCUAGAUGUGGAAAGCCCACUCUUUUAGGCCAUACUAUUUCUUAGAUUUUGUAACUGAUGUAAACUAUAUUGUUUACUCUGCAUGUAUGCUAAUGUAUUAAAGUAGAUAUGUUUUCUUUUGUUCCCUGUUAA